AUGUCCGCCAGUCGGUCUCUUGCCCGUUCUCUCCCCGCUCUCCGCGCUGCUUCUCCCCGCACGACGGUGACCAGAGCUUCUUCCGCCAGGACAACAGCAGCUUCAGCUUUAAGAUCCCUUUCGACAUCCUCCAAGUCCUCUUCUAAGUCAGUGUUAGCUUCUCGCAAAGCUAUUUCAUCUUCAUCGCCAUCAUUUGUGGCCACUCGCAACUUGCACGCCACUGCUCAACAGUUCGCCCCCGCAACCACUACCGCGGCUACUACCGCCACCGAAUACCCGAUCACUCACGACCAAAUCACCAACCCUAUCGAUACCACCAAUUUCCUCGACAAUGAAUUUGUCUCUUCUAAGGCUACCACUUGGAUUGACCUGCAUGAUCCGGCCACCAACAACCUCAUCACCAGAGUGCCCCAGAGCACCGAUGAGGAGCUACGAGCCGCCGUCGAGUCGGCCGAGAAGGCGUUCCCCGCCUGGCGAGCAACCAGCAUCAUGGCCAAACAGCAGAUUAUCUUCAAGUUCGUGAGCCUUAUCCGGGAGCACUGGGAUCGUCUGGCUUCGUCCAUCACUCUUGAGCAGGGCAAGACCUUUGCCGAUGCGAAGGGUGAUGUUCUCCGUGGCCUGCAGGUCGCCGAAACCGCUUGUGGAAUCACCACCCAGAUCACCGGUGAGGUCCUCGAAGUUGCCAAGGAUAUGGAAACCAGGAGCUACCGGGAACCAUUGGGUGUUGUUGCAUCCAUUUGCCCCUUCAACUUCCCCGCCAUGAUUCCCCUUUGGUCUAUUCCUGUCGCCACUGUCACCGGAAACUGCCUGGUCCUCAAGCCUUCGGAACGGGACCCAGGAGCCGCUAUGAUCCUGGCGGAGCUUGCCAAAGAGGCUGGAUUCCCCCCUGGUGUUAUCAACAUUGUCCAUGGAUCUGCAAAGACUGUUGACUUCAUCCUUGACGAGCCUGCCAUCAAGGCUAUCAGCUUUGUCGGCAGCAACCGUGCAGGUGAAUACAUCUACACUCGCGGUUCUGCCAAUGGCAAGCGUGUUCAGGCCAACCUAGGCGCAAAGAACCACGCCGCUGUCCUUCCAGACUGCAACAAGAACCAAGCUCUUAACGCCAUUGUUGGAGCGGCCUUUGGUGCUGCUGGACAGCGCUGCAUGGCAUUGAGCACUGCUGUCAUGGUUGGUGAGACAGAGGAAUGGUUGCCCGAGAUGGCAGAGCGAGCUAAGGCACUAAAUGUCAAUGGUGGAUUCGAAGAGGGGGCGGACCUUGGCCCCGUCAUUAGCCCUGAGAGCAAGAAGCGGAUCGAAGAUCUGAUUGCCAGCGCUGAAGAAGAGGGUGCCACAAUUCUCUUGGAUGGAAGAGGAUACAAGCCUGAGAAGUACCCCAACGGCAACUUUGUCGGUCCCACUAUUAUCACCAAUGUUACCCCGGAAAUGAAAUGCUACAAGGAAGAAAUCUUUGGUCCAGUGCUUGUCUGCCUUUCAGUUCCCACGCUGGAUGAUGCCAUCAGCCUGAUCAACAAGAAUGAAUACGGUAACGGCGCAGCCAUUUUCACUCGUUCUGGCCCGACGGCCUCCAAGUUCCAGAAGGACAUUGAAGCUGGUCAGCUCGGUAUCAACGUGCCCAUCCCCGUUCCCUUGCCCAUGUUCUCCUUCACUGGAAACAAGAAGAGUAUUGCCGGUGGUGGUGCCAACACUUUCUACGGAAAGCCUGGUAUGCAAUUCUACACUCAGCAGAAGACCGUCACAAGCUUGUGGCGGAGUGAGGAUGCCGUCAGCAACAAGGCCAGCGUCGUUAUGCCGACACACUCGUGA